AUUUUUAUUUCCAUUUCUAUACGACGAUCUUGAGAAGCACGACUCCGGAACAAUUAAGCAACCAAAAAAACUGAGUGAGGGAGAGAGAAGCAGAGACAGAGAGAGAGAUGGCGGACACUCUGAGCGCUUUGAGACUUCUAAUGGCGUCCCACUCGCCUCCUCUCGACGCCUUGGUCGUACCUUCAGAGGACUAUCACCAGAGUGAAUAUGUAUCUGCGAGAGACAAGAGACGUGAAUUUGUUUCAGGUUUCGACGGAAGUGCUGGUCUGGCACUUAUAACCCAGAAAGAAGCAUUACUGUGGACCGAUGGGCGGUAUUUUCUGCAGGCAGCUCAACAGCUUAGUGAUCAAUGGAAACUUAUGCGAAUGGGAGAGGAUCCUGCUGUAGAUCUCUGGAUGGCAGAUAAUCUGCCAGCAGACGGAGCUGUUGGAGUGGAUCCUUGGUGUGUGUCAGUAGACACUGCACAAAAGUGGAAGCACGCAUUUGCCAAAAAGCAGCAGAAACUGGUUCAAACCAUCACAAACUUGGUUGAUGAAGUUUGGAAGAAUCGACCCCCACAAGAAAUAAAUCCUGUAACCAUACAUUCACUGGAAUAUGCUGGCCGCUCUGUCGAAGAUAAGUUGAAGACUUUGAGAGGAAAGCUUUCUCAAGAGAAAGCCCAUGGUAUAAUUGUGACCGCACUUGAUGAAGUAGCUUGGUUGUACAACAUCCGUGGAAGUGAUGUGUCAUACUGUCCAGUUGUACAUGCAUUUGCAAUAGUGACACUCAGCUCAGCAUUCUUUUACGUAGACAAGAGGAAGGUGUCUGAUGAGGUGCGCUUGUACAUGGAGAAGAAUGGAAUUGAAGUUCGGGAUUAUAGUGCAAUAAUAACAGAUGUGUCCUUACUCGCAUCUAAUCAGCUUGAUUUGUCAUCUUUUGUAAAAGGACCUGAAGUUAGGGCUAAUGUGGAAGUAGAACUUAGUACGAUUGACAUAGCAGGAUCUAAUGGAACAAAAGUGGAAAGCCAGAAUAAUGGCCUCAUAUGGGUUGAUCCUGCCCAAUGCUGCUACGCUUUGUAUUCUAAACUGAACUCUGAUAAGGUUCUUCUGCAACAGUCGCCACUGGCCCUUGCAAAAGCUUUAAAGAACUCUGUUGAGUUGGACGGACUAAAGAAGGCACACAUUCGGGAUGGUGCAGCUGUUGUACAAUAUCUUGUGUGGCUGGACAAGCAGCUGCAAGAGAAUUAUGGGGCUUCUGGUUACUUUCUGGAAGGGGAUGGAGUGAGGAAGCCCAAACCUUCGGACUCAAAGAAACUGACAGAAGUUUCUGCAGGUGAUAAGCUUGAGGCUUUCCGAGCAUCAAAAGAGAAUUUUAGAGGCUUGAGUUUCCCUACUAUUUCAUCUGUUGGUCCAAAUGCUGCAAUUAUACAUUAUGGACCGCAAGCAGAAACAUGUGCGGAGUUGGAUCCUGAAAGUAUCUAUCUUUUUGACUCGGGAGCUCAGUAUUUGGAUGGAACAACCGAUAUCACGCGGACGGUCCAUUUUGGUUUACCUUCAGCACAUGAAAAAGCUUGUUAUACUGCGGUUCUCAAAGGCCAUAUUGCUUUGGGAAAUGCAAGAUUUCCAAAUGGCACAAAUGGCCAUGCACUGGAUAUUCUUGCUCGAGUUCCAUUAUGGAAGGAUGGUCUGGAUUAUCGACAUGGCACUGGCCAUGGCAUUGGUUCUUACCUUAAUGUUCAUGAAGGACCCCAUUUAAUUAGUUUCAGACCACAGGCUCGAAAUGUUCCACUUCAAGCUUCAAUGACGGUGACGGAUGAGCCUGGCUAUUAUGAGGACGGUGCCUUCGGUAUUAGAUUGGAGAAUGUACUUACAGUGAACGAUGCCGACACGAAAUUUAAUUUCGGCGAUAAAGGCUACUUAUCAUUCGAGCACAUAACAUGGGCACCAUACCAAAAAAAGUUGAUCAACACAAGUCUCCUCACAUCUGAAGAAUUGGAUUGGGUGAACACUUACCAUUCAAAAUGCAGGGAUAUCCUUGCUCCAUAUUUGGACGAAUCAGAGAAAGCAUGGCUGAAUAAAGCCACCGAGCCCAUAACUGCUUGAUCUCUCUGGGAAACAAUUGAAGUUAUGCUUCAGAACUCGUAUGCUAGCCACAUCUCGUUUCUUUUAAUCAUAUCAUCUUCACUUGGCGCCUUUCGAGUCUUUUAAAUAGUUGAGUAUCAUUACGCUUACCUUUCUCCACCUUGUCGAUAUUUGUCCGAAGUUGUCAGUGUGUGCAAAUCCUUAUGAUAUUAGUGAUAUUAUUUUCUAGAAAAUGAGUUUAUUCUCAUUCUGAUCAAUAUAACUGGUUGAAGUUUCUGCCUCAGCCAACAUAUGCAUA